AUGGUCUAUAUGGCAUUCGCUAGUUUAGGGUACAAUAUAUUGCCAUUGCUGAUGGCAUCAGAAUUAUAUCCACUGCAAGUUCGAGGAGUACUCAAUGGCAUAACAGUGUCCAUUACCAGCCUAUUAAUAUUUGGGACCACUAAGUCGUAUCCCUUGUUAGCGGACAAUCUAGGCUUGAUGUACACAAUGAUUGUAUUUGGUGUUUGUUCCUUACUUGGUACAAUAUUUCUAUACUUCUUUUUACCAGAAACAAAAGAAUUAACACUGCAAGAAAUAGAAGAGUACUAUAAUGAACUAAGGCCUACUCUAGUUUCUCAGAGACGAUUGCUAACAUCGAAGAUUUGGGAAUCAAGUCAUGGAAGAAUAAAAAGUAUAGAGAAUGUGACUGAAGCUAAUCCAGAGAAACCAAAAAAGGUGAUCAUUAAAUCGAAAGAUGUUAUCAAAAUUGAAGAUGAAAGCUACCUAAAAAAAUAUGCAAAAUCUAUAGAAUUACAAAAAAGCAGCAGGGAGAGAAGUAAACUGUCGGUGAAAAGUAAGGAAUCGCUGAUCAUUAAUGAAUCUAAUAUAAGUAUUGAAUCGUUAAAAAGUAAAAAACAUCAUAAUACACAUAAACAUGAUAAGCAUGAUAAGAAAGUUAAAGUCCUCGAGGACAUUAAGGAAACAGGAAGAAGUAAUGAAAGUAUAAAAAGCAAUCAAUCUAAAGCAAGUGGUACGAGCGCUAAGGCGAAAAAAGAUAAAAAAGAAGAUGAAAAAGAAGACGAAAAUCAACCGAAUACAAGCAAGAAAGAUACACAUAAGGAAUAA